AUGUCGUUUUCAACCUUGGUUCAAGAUAUUGCUUUCCGCGACUCGCGCAGUGAUGAGCGCAGUUCGCAGCUGUCCCUUCCACACUCUGUCGCCAGAUCAUACGCUUCAACGUCCGCAACAAGCGUCAGUAUAGCAGGCGAUAUUUCGAGUCAGUUACAUGGCGGCUACAGCCAUCCGCUGACAAGAGCAUGGCAAGCAGAACGACAAUUGACCAAAGCAAUGCUCAUCUAUCCUCUUUUCAUCACCGACAAUCCGGACGAAGAAACUCUCAUUCCUUCUCUACCAAAUCAACAUCGACGAGGCUUAAACCGGAUAGUGCCGUUCUUACGGCCGCUGGUGGCGAAAGGGCUGCGUUCAGUGAUUCUUUUUGGGGUCCCCCUCGAACCUACGGCGAAAGAUGCACUUGGAACCGCAGCGGAUGAUCCAGCAGGGCCAGUAAUGUCAGCCAUCGCACUUCUGCGCCGCAAUUUCCCUCAACUUUUCAUUGUCGCAGAUGUUUGUCUCUGUGAGUACACGUCACAUGGUCAUUGUGGUAUUCUGCGAGAGGAUGGCUCACUCAACAACGCCAUGUCCGUUGAGCGCAUUUCCGAUGUUGCGAUGGCCUAUGCUCAAGCUGGGGCCCAAUGUGUCGCCCCAUCUGACAUGAAUGAUGGCCGUGUGAGGGCGAUCAAGCUGAAACUGAUCGAAGCUGGAAUUGCGCAUCGUGUCAACUUGAUGUCGUAUUCUGCAAAAUUCUCUGGGUGCCUGUACGGACCCUUUCGUGAUGCGGCAGGAUCGUGUCCUUCAUUUGGUGAUCGAAAAUGUUAUCAACUACCUCCAGGAGGUCGAGGACUUGCUCGUCGAGCAAUCCAGCGUGAUAUCGGGGAAGGCGCUGAUAUCAUUAUGGUAAAGCCAGCGAGCUCAUAUUUGGAUAUAAUCAGCGAUGCCAAAGAGAUAGGCAAAGACAUGCCCGUUGCUGCUUAUCAAGUGUCCGGGGAGUUUGCUAUGAUUCACGCUGGGGCUAAAGCGGGAGUAUUUGAUUUAAAGACCAUGGCGUUCGAAUCAACAGAAGGAAUUUUGAGGGCUGGUGCAGGUAUAGUGGUCAGUUAUUUUACACCCGAGUUCCUGGACUGGCUGUCGACUUGA